GCUUCUUCUACAUGCUCUUUCAUAAUCUCAAGAAACAACAUUUCAAAACACACACUUUUUUAUCAUUCUUCUAGAGAAUCCACACAAUCUUUCUUUUCUCUUUGAUCAAAUCAAAUCCAAAAAAUAAAUCUCUUGUUUUUGUAACCCUGAAAUCAUUAUGGCUAUACAAGAUAAUCCAAGUCACAACGAUUAUCUCCGGAGAAUGACUUUUGCGGCGUUCUUGAAAUCGGGUUCUCUCGCCAGCGAGGAAGAAACUUACCACAGCGACGGUGAUCAUCAUAACCACGGCGUUGGUAAGCAAAACUCGUCAAGCACCAACAGCGAUUCUCAACGUCCAAGCAACGCUUCAAGUGCUAGUAGCGACUCAUCGUCACCAAUAUAUCCAUUAUCGCCAUGGAACCAAACUUACUAUCCGAACAACGAAAACACGACGUCUUUCACCUCAGCUUCUCAAUCACCAUGGAAACAAACUUGCUCUCCUUACCACAAAUCACCUUGGGUAUACCAAACAAGAAACAGCGAUUUCGAAGAUGAUCCUGAUAACGGUUUGAUCGGUACGGUCGUGAGACAAGAAGGACACGUGUACUCUCUUGCUGCUUCACGUGAUCUUCUUUUCACAGGAUCCGAUUCCAAGAACAUUCGUGUUUGGAAAGAUUUAAAAGAUUACUCCGGUUUUAAAUCAACGAGCGGGUUUGUUAAAGCGAUCGUGAUAACCGGAGAUAACCGGGUUUUCAGCGGUCAUCAAGAUGGUAAAAUUAGGGUUUGGAGAGGCUCAAAGAAGAACCCCGAGAGAUAUUCACGAGUCGGAAGCUUACCGACUCUCAAAGAGUUUCUCACCAAAUCGGUAAACCCGAGGAACUACGUCGAAGCUCGUCGUCGGAAAAACGUGGUGAAGAUCCGACAUUUCGACGCCGUGUCGUGUAUGAGCUUAAACGAAGAUCUCGGUUUACUCUACUCCGGUUCUUGGGACAAGACUCUCAAGGUCUGGAGAUUAUCCGAUUCCAAGUGUCUAGAAUCUAUCGAAGCUCACGACGACGCGGUUAACACUGUGUCUGCCGGAUUCGACGAUUUGGUAUUCACCGGUUCGGCAGACGGGACGUUAAAAGUAUGGAAACGUGAGGUACAAGGUAAAGAGACGAAACAUGUUUUGGUACAAGUGUUGAUGAAACAAGAGAACGCUGUAACGGCCUUAGCCGUUAAUUUAACGGACGGUGUGGUUUACUGCGGUUCGUCCGACGGUACCGUUAACUUCUGGGAACGGCAAAAGUAUUUGACUCACAAAGGGACGAUUCACGGCCACCGUAUGGCGGUAUUGUGUCUCACCUCCGCCGGGAGUUUGCUCUUGAGUGGCGGAGCUGAUAAGAAUAUCUGCGUUUGGAGAAGAAACGACGGCGGUUCACACACGUGUCUCUCUGUUUUGAUGGAUCACGACGGACCAGUCAAGUGUUUAACGGCGGUGGAAGAGGCCGAGGAUGAUGGAGACAACCACGGAGAGAAAGGUGAUCGACGGUGGAUAGUGUACAGUGGGAGUUUAGACAAGUCCGUGAAAGUGUGGCGUGUGACUGAUUACGCGUGAAGGAGUUAGCCCCGUGUGAACAACGUAGGCGCGUAAAUGUUACGCGGGACAUGUGAUUGUGUUUAGGCAUUGAUUGGGAGGCAACUAGGUAGAUCUUGGUACAAAAGAUGGACAAAUAGUGAACAGCCACGUUUCAUGUGGUUUUGUCUUUCUUGUUGGAAAGUCUUGUCUCCUUUUUUAUUGGGGCUUGUUUUAAGAUCUUUUUCCUCUGAAAAUUCGCAUGCAUGUAUUUUUAAAUCAUGUGAAACCAAAAGAGGAAAGAAGGUGGAGAAAAGAAUGGAAAGUAAAAGAUUCCGCUACAAGGAGAAAUAAAAAGAUAAAAGAAAAUGUAAUAAAAUGUACUUUGUAUAUAUUUAUGGGCUCUUUAUUGAUUUAUUCUCUAUGGUUGUUGUGGUUAUUGUUGAAUGUGAAAGUCCUAUCUUUUUAAAUUUAA